UACGCCGACAGCCCCGCCUCCUCCGCGCCGUCCCCGCCACGGUUACCCCGGUUCUCAGCCCCUCCUUUCCGCGGCGCUCGAGGGACCAUGGCCGAUCCUCGCGUGAGGCAGAUCAAGAUCAAAACCGGCGUGGUGAAGCGAUUGGUCAAAGAAAAAAUGAUGUAUGAAAAAGAAGCAAAACAACAAGAAGAAAAGAUUGAAAAAAUGAAGGCCGAAGAUGGUGAAAAUUAUGCUAUUAAAAAACAGGCCGAGAUCCUGCAGGAGUCCCGGAUGAUGAUUCCAGACUGCCGACGCAGGUUGGAAGCUGCACACGCUGACCUUCUGCAGUUGUUAGAGAGUGAAAAAGACUUGGAAGAAGCUGAGGAAUAUAAGGAGGCACGUUUAGUACUGGAUUCAGUGAAGUUAGAAGCCUGAAGUUUUCUGUACAGGGUAUUUUUUGCGUUAAAUCCUGGGAUCCAUUCCACAAUUCAUUAUUUUUGACCACUGCUAUGUGUUCAAGUAGUACGAGAAUGUGAUUCUUUUUAUGCAGUGCAUAUAUUUUUCUUUGCCUAAUUUAAUGUGUCAAAUAAAUGAGUUCAUCUAAUAAAAUUGCUUCUUUCAUA